UUCAUUGUCAUACCAUGAAUGUCACUGCUUCCUCACUCACCACCAUUCACUACUCACACAACACAACACUUUCUUCUUUCCUUUUUCUUUUUCAACUUUCUCCUUCUUUUCUGUUCCUAUUUAUUAAUUUUCUACUCUACUUCCAUCCAUCCAUUCUUGUACCCAAAUCUCUCUUCUUUUCUCUCAACCAAUGUAAACAGGCACAUACCCUGUCUCUGCAAACAGGUUCUUAGCCUUCUCCUUCACCAAUCUUCUGUCUUUUCAAUCUCAAUUUCUUUUCUGUACUCUGUAUUCAAUUCAAGUUUCGUGCUUUCUGCAAGAUCUUGUGUUAUCUAGCCAACAUGGGAGUUUGUUUGAGUGCCCAAAUUAAAGCUGAAAGCCCGUAUAACACUGGGUUCAACUCAAAGUAUGUGAGUACAGAUGGAAAUUAUCUUGGCAGCACAAACGAAAAGCUAUCAGGAAACUCGGUCCCUCUGACUCCUCGGAGCGAGGGUGAGAUCUUGCAGUCAUCCAAUUUGAAGAGCUUUACCUUAUCAGAACUUAAGACGGCCACUAGGAAUUUCCGUCCAGACAGUGUGUUAGGAGAAGGUGGUUUUGGAUCAGUUUUUAAAGGGUGGAUUGAUGAGAAUUCGUUAACUGCUACAAAACCUGGCACUGGUAUUGUUAUUGCUGUGAAAAGACUUAAUCAAGAUGGCAUCCAAGGUCACAGGGAGUGGUUGGCUGAAGUAAACUAUCUUGGACAGCUUUCUCAUCCUCAUCUAGUGAGAUUGAUUGGGUUUUGCCUGGAAGAUGAACACCGCCUUCUUGUCUAUGAAUUUAUGCCUCGUGGAAGCUUGGAAAACCAUUUGUUCAGGAGAGGUUCAUAUUUUCAGCCACUUUCUUGGAGCCUCCGUUUGAAAGUUGCUCUUGAUGCUGCCAGAGGACUUGCCUUUCUACACAGUGCUGAAACAAAAGUGAUAUAUAGAGAUUUUAAAACUUCAAAUAUAUUGCUGGAUUCGAAUUACAAUGCAAAACUUUCUGAUUUUGGGCUGGCAAAGGAUGGACCAACGGGUGACAAAAGCCAUGUCUCCACCAGGGUAAUGGGAACCUACGGAUAUGCAGCUCCUGAAUAUCUAGCCACAGGUCACCUUACUUCCAAGAGUGAUGUCUAUAGUUUUGGAGUUGUCCUGCUAGAAAUGAUAUCUGGAAAGAGGGCAGUUGACAAGAAUAGACCAUCUGGACAACACAAUUUAGUGGAAUGGGCUAAACCAUACCUGGCAAACAAACGUAAAAUAUUUCGUGUAUUGGACACACGGCUUGAAGGACAAUAUUCAACGGAUGAUGCCUAUAAAGUGGCCAACCUUGCCUUGCGGUGCCUGUCAAUAGAUUCCAAGUUCAGGCCAAACAUGGAUGAAGUGGUCAGAACAUUGGAGCAGCUGCAGGUUCAUAAUGCAAAUGGAGGCAAUCAAAAUCCUUCUCGUGUUAGAAGAAGAAGUGCUGAUGUAAGUAGAGGCUAUCAAAAUCCUUCUGUUAAUGGAUCUCGAGUUCGUAGAAGAAGUGCUGAUGACAUUAGCCGCAUGGAGACUCCCUCAGCUUAUCCCAGGCCCUCUGCAUCCCCUCUCUAUACAUGACAUGACAUUGCAAACACAGCCUUCAAACUUAACAUGAUGCUGCUUCUGAUCUUGUCCAUGAGCUCAUGCACCUGUGUAGCUAUUACACUGUACAUAUCAUAUUUCACCCAUUAUAUUAUUCAGUAUCAAACUACUAUCGCCCAUAGCUAGUCCACCACCAUUAGUAUUACUCUUUUUCUUAGAUCUGUGAAAGUGAAAGUGUAUGUAACUACUAUUAAACUAGAUGGGAAGACAGGUACAUUUGUAUGAUUGUUCAUUUUUGUUGUCUAUAUUAGGGUGGUAUGGUUUCCUAUUGUAUUUUGUAACACCUCGUUGCCUUGUAGGACUUCUACAUCAAAUAUACGAAAUACAUAGAAAAGCUUGUACUAUAUCCUGUUCCACUUUCUUGUGAAUGACUCAGCUGUAUCAAUGAAAUGAUGAAAUUUUGCAAUAUGUUGAGUACUAUUCAGAA